AUGGAAACGCGCGCCUUCGCGCAGGCCAGUGAAAAAACGGGUUCGGGUGCCCCGACCCCCGACGCGCUGACGGAGGAGGUGAUGGAGGAGGAUACCUUCCCCCACCGCUACCUCCACCCCGCCGCGACGUUUUCCUUCGCGGUGGCGCCCGGGCUGCGGUGGUUCGAUCCCGCCCGGAUGCGGCUCGAUCGGGAGGUGGAAGGGGUGGAAAAUUUCCACGGCCUCGCCCUCAGCCCGCGCGAUCUGCAGGACCUUCGGCUGUUCGACCUCGCGAUGCGAAACGGGGCGCGGGAUCUCCUGCACCGCGGCGGCGACGCGAUCCGGCGGGUCGCGCAGGGGGGGCUGGGGUGUUUCCUCGCCUACCAAUACACCCUCUACCCCGCGCGAGGGGCCGUCCAGCACCACCUUCCCAGGGCGACGCUUUCGAUCCAAAAACUCCCGCGGCCGUCGUCGGGUGCGGAAGCGGACAGGGAAGCCGUCGGAGGUGGCAACGAGGAGGGCGCGCGUUUCGUGGUCACCCUGCACGGCGUCAUGACGUGGCGUUUUCCGAGUAUGCGAGGGGGGGGGGGGGCGGCUCGUCGCCGCGGUAGACCGCAGCGUCGUCUUCGCGCCCCGGCCGCUGCCGCGGCGGAAUGCCGCGUGGGAGCGCCACCGUGGGCCCCCACUCGUCGUCCUCGCGGAUGA